UUUCCCAAAUUUGAAAUCUAAUUCGCGCUCUUGCCGAACGCAUCUCCGCGGUCCAUCAGGAACCCUCACUUUCGCAACCUCACCCAGUCAGUCAUCCGUCUCUCAUAUUCUCUCACUCUCUCUCUAGAACUCAGCAGAUCGAACGAUUAAUGGAGACUAUUCUCUGAAACCGAAGAGAAAGGGGGGAAAUGACGACGAUUGAGAAGCUGUUCGUACAAAUCUUCGAGAGGAAGAAGAGGAUAAUCGAGCAAGUCAAGCAACAGACCGAUCUAUUCGAACAACACCUCGCUUCUAAAUGUAUUCUCGACGGAGUUGCUCCUCCUUCCUGGCUCUGGUCCCCUUCUUUUCCUUCCCUUUCCUCAGAUCCAAAUGAGUUGAAGAAGGAGGAGCUUAUACCGGGACUCUUACUUCCACGUCCUCAACCUGCAAACCCGUACUCAAGUACUCAUGACUCUCUUUGCCAGAAGCCCGUUGUUACUUCUGGUUACAAGGGAUUACAAAAUGUUUCGUGCACUGAAGUUCAUGCUUCAAAUAUUGGCACUACUGCAGAUGAUGGGAUGUCUGUUUUGCCUCCAUUGCCUACCAUUGAUACUCAAUGUACCUUUAAUGGUGUUUCUGAGCCAGAUUGUAGUAUUGCAUCUCCUCAAGAUUGUGUAGAUACAACAACAGCAGACAAUUGCCUGGAUCAUGCUCAAUCAUUAGUGAAGAUUCAAAGAUCAAAGUCAAGGCAAAGGGCUCUAGAGCUUCGCAAUAGUGCCAAAGCAACUAAAUCACAUUCAUGCAAUGAAAAUGAUGCUAUUGUAUUUGCUAGUCAAGAUAUAGGGUGUGGGAUUAGUUCACUACGAUUUGAUCAUUUUGAUGAAGUAGAGUUGGUUAAACCUGUUGAUAGAAGUACUGUUGAUAGAAGUACUGAAUGUUGUGAAGAAGAAGCAGAAAUAGGUAAAUGUGCGGGUGAGAAUAGCAGUAGAGGAAAUAGAUCUGGGAGUUCUAGCCCAAAAAUCACCUCUGUGAAUAAGCCUGAGAAUGAUGACAACUCUUCUCAUUUUGCCAAGGAUGAUGGCCACAAAAAGUCUAUGAAUGAAUUACCACAAAACCAUAACCAUGUGAAUGCAUUAUCAGAAUUGGACAACUCUGCUGUUCUUGCUAAGGCAAAUUGUUUUGCAGAAACAGUAACUUUGGUUGAUUUCAGGGGUAAUGAAAUGAAUAACACUGUUCUCUCUGAUAGAAUUACAGGAUCUAGGAGUUCCAUCUACCGAGCCAGUGCUUCAAAAAACCCAUUUGUAGAUAUCUCUUCUUGUGUUGAGGAAGAUGGUGGACAUAUAGAGUCUGUUGACAAAUCAGCAAAGCAGCAUAGUUCUGUUAGUGAGUUAUUGAAAUUGGUCAAGCCUUUAUCUGCAGUCCCUAAUGACAUUUAUGGGUCAAGGAAAGCAAAAGCAAGGAAUAGGUUGAUGAAGCGAAAGGGAAGUGACAUUUUUGUUGGGAGAAUAACAAGAUCUAGAAGUUCUAGCCUGAAACCUAAUUGUGUGAACAAAUAUUUGGAGAUGGAUAAUUCUUGUUGCAAUGGCAAGGAAGAUGGUGUUAGCAAUCCAAAGCAGCUAUUGAACCAUGAUAAUGACUCAAGGGAUUUGGUCAACACUUUAGGUACCACUUGUGCAAGUCCUGAGUUGAAAGCAGAAACGCUGAACUUCCAGAAUGUUGAUGCUUAUUGCCAGAGAUUAACGAGCUCUUCUUCUAAUGAAAAACCACGUGAUAUUCGUGAGUUCCCUAAAGUGGACCUGUCUUCUAAUGUUAUAAAAGAUGGUGAUAGUAAACCUGCAGAGUCUUUUGGCAAAUCUUCACAGCUACCUCAACAAUCAAGUUUUGUUGAAGGUGGAGGAGCUACUCUUCAGUUUCUCUCGGAUUCUCAACCAAAUGUCCUGCCUUGUACUAAAAGCAAUCCAGCUGAAACUGAUAUGGAUUACGAUGGGCUAGUUGUGGCUUGUUCUGUUUCUUCUGAAUCUGACUCAGAUGGCCGCGGUUGUGUUGUUGAAAAUUUAGAACUAAGGCCACCUAGUGAAUGUGAUAUGCCUAUCAAGCCCAAGCAACUUAAUUUUGAUGAUGUGAAAGAGAGCAAUUUCCUUGAAACUUCCAGUCUUGCAUUAGAGCAUAAACAAGAAGGUACAUCAGAGAAACAGCUUUCUACCAUGCUACAGCCUAUGGAUCUGGGUAAAGUAACAUCUAUUGGCUACCAAGGAAACCCUAACCCAUCUAUUGAGAUGCCUUUGUUGGAAGAACAGGAAUUUUCCAACAAAGAGAAAUCUUGGAAGGUGUCAAUUGAAGGUCAUAUGAAGGAUGGUGCUGUUUUAGCAGAUGAAAGUACAAUUAAUCCUCUACAGAAGAAAAUGGACCCGUUUUUUUCCCAAAAUCAAAAUGCAGAUUCCUAUUUCAUGGGUUCGUGGCCUCAGCAUAAGCGAAUAAAGAUAGAGGGUGAACUCACUAAAGCCCUUUCUGCUUCUCCAAGCUUGAAGAUAGGAGAUGCACUGCAAGCAAAUGAAGGAAGGGUUCCACUUAAAGACAUGCAUCAGAAUGCGGAACACGAAAAGAUAGAGGAAUAUGAAGUUUCUUCUUCCCAGCUACAAGUAGAAGAGAUUGAAAUAAGCUCGGAAGGGAGGGGUAGAACUGCAAGUACUGCAUUUAAUUUGAUGCUUGAACAAGUAGCACCUCUGGUAUCAAGUUUUAAAGAACUGGCUGGUGGUGAAGUGACAGGGCAGCACCCUACAGAAGAGAAAGUUUCAUUUCAACAUGAAGAUAAGCUAGAGGUAGGAGUUGAUGAAAUUUUGACUUAUAAUGAAGACAUUGUACUGGAAAGGAAAGAUCAUCUGGACCAGAAUGACAACCUGUCAUACUGUUCAACCGGUUCCCAUUGUCAAUCAGUGAUUUGUGCUGACCAAAGCAUGCCUGAGUUUCAGGGUUUUGUUUUGGAAGCAGAUUAUGAACAGCCAUGCACCUCCAAGGAGGCAACCCACUUUGGCAAGUUGGAUCUUCCACCAACUGGACUAGGAUGUGCAAGUGUUUUAGAGCAGUUUUGCACAUCCACUUCCCAGCAUACACCACUUUUGGAUUUUUCCAGUACACACAAAUUACAUAAAGCACUAAAUUUAUACCAUUCCAUUCCUAAUGGCCUUUUAGAGGACAUCCAACUUAGAAGCACACUUUAUAUGCAAGUUGAUAGGAACGAACAACUUGGUAACAGUUUCAGUUGCUUUAAGCAAGAAGUCAACCAUGCACUUCACGGAAGAUCCCAUUCUGUCUCUCUGCCCUUUUCUAAUCCUCAAUCUGCCUGGGAUGUUCGGAAACCUGGUGUGUCUCCACUUGGGAAGCUUUGGGAUGGAAUACCACCAAAAUCUAGCAGUUCUGGGAAACGAGUGAGCUCAAUUCCAGAGCUUCCCUGCAUCAGUGAAGAAAAUGAGAAUACAGAUGGCGUAGCUGAUACAACUAUGGAAGGAACUAUUCCAGAAGUAAUUAUCAGCUCAGUCAAAAGACAGCCACUUGCUGACAUAACUAAAAAUUCAAAUCCUAGUGAAGCAGAGGUAAAAGAUGAUAGAAGUAGUCUUGCUUCUUUGAACACAGAAUUGAGCUUCAGUGGCACUUGUGGCAGAGCCAGACCGAAGUUGCGAAACCAGAAUAAAAAUAAAAGAAGAUUUACUAACAAGGACAAGGAAAAUGACAAUUUACCACGUGAAGGAGAUGGCCCCAAAAGAGGCAAUGGAUCACUCCAUGGAAGAUUCAGUAAACCUAAAUUAUCCGGAAAAACUGAUCUGAUAAAAGGAGGUCUUGGCCUGUCAGAGAAGGAGUCUAAGCGUAACAAUAUUGUGUCAAAUGUUACUUCCUUUAUUCCACUUGUGCAGCAAAAACAAGCUGCUGCAGUCAUUACUGGAAAGAGAGACAUUAAAGUGAAGGCCUUGGAAGCUGCUGAGGCUGCAAAGCGUCUUGCUGAAAAGAAGGAGAACGAAAGGAAGAUGAAGAAGGAAGCCUUGAAGCUUGAGCGAGCACGGAUGGAAGAACAAAAUUUGAGGCAGUUGGAACUAGAUAAGAAAAAGAAAGAACAGAAGAAAAAAGAGGCUGAUAUGGCAGCAAAGAAAAAACAAAGGGAAGAUGAAGAUAGGAAGGAGAGAGAAAGAAAACGAAAGCGUGUCGAGGAAGGAAAGAGACACCAGCUGGAGCAAGAGAAAAAGUUGCGCAUGUUGAAAGAACAAAAAGAAGUAAAUUUCCAAGCUUCAGAUGAAAGAGCACAUGAGAAGAAGGAAUAUAAAGACAGAUUAGGAAAACAUGACCAAAUAGAAAAAGCAGAGGGAGACCAAAAUCUUCGAACAGUACCUCACAUGGAAUCUACAACUACUAAGGUUUCAACAUCUGGCACCAUAAAUGCAAGUAUCAUUCCUGAAGAUUCUGAGGCUUUGAGUGAUUGUGGAGAUAACUCAAAGGUAACAGACUACUUUGGCAAGGAUAGCGACAGCUUAAUUUCCAAUUUAAGACGAGAACAAUCAUAUGAGAUCUCUCCAUAUAAAGGUUCAGAUGAUGAAGACGAAGAUGAUGAUGACAACAGACCAAACAGCAAAUUUAUUCCUUCAUGGGCCAGUAAAAGUCACCUGGCUCGGGUUAUUUCAUCUCAGCAAAAAUAUCCGGAAUCAAUUUUUCCCCCUGAAAGUUUUUGCAGUAUUUCUGAAGUUCUCUUGCCUAGAAAGCUUCAGCAAAAAUAAUGGGCAAUGGUGAUGGUCGGACAACAUUAUGUGAAUAUUCUUGGCUCUUUCAGUAGUUGGUUCUAGAGCCUUUGUGUUCAUGAGAAGAUUUUGGGAGAUUAUUUCUCAGGAGAUUCAGAAGCAGGUGAUAUCCUUUUAGCACAGUUUAUAGCUGAAGAUUGUAAAUUUAUAAUAAAGUAACACUUAUGUCAUGUAGAUUAGAUCCUUAGCAAAAGUUAGCAUACUUGACUAUUAUCUAGUCAGUAACCUAGAGAUGCACUUCUGAUUUGUUAAUUGGCUGAAGCACUUAGCAAUCUGAAGGCAAAAUUGUCUUAUCCAUAAAACAACAAGAUUCCUGAGCUGUUCAAAGUAUGUUUCUGUGUUUGAGUGUA